AUAUGUGGUGAGCUGGAAUGUCUGGAGCGCCUCGGUGUCAUCGGAGUCUGUCUGGCCGGACUCUGAGCUCUGCAGCAGCUCCAUCUCUGCCGGAGGCACGGAGGAACCCUGGGGGGCUCCAUCUCUGCCGCUUCAUCUCCGACAAACACCAAAUGUGAGCUCAAAGCUGCCACUUCAGCCAUGAAGACUGAGCGAAGCUGCGUGGAGACGUCGGGGACGCGCCGGCAUGUGAAAGAUCUGCUCCGGAAAGCGGCGGAGGAUGAGGCGGAGAAGCAGGACGAGAGGAAAUACGUGGAUUUGGAGCUGGUGGAUUUAAAGACGAGAAUAGACGGAGAGAAAAACCAAAUGUCUGUUCUGAUUAGCAACAGCGGCGCCGGAGCUGUGCGAGUAACGGAACCGAAGCAGGAGUUGGAAACUAAACAGGAGGAAAAGAAAGAUGCCAAAGUUGUGGAAAGUGGAAAAGAUGUGACGGAGGAUUUUGGAGACAGAGGCGAGCGCGUAAUUACGCAGCAGCAGGUGCCCAAAACAGACAAAAACACACAGGAAGCUGAGGAAUUUCACAGCGGGGGUAAUCAUGUGAGGAGGAGAAGUGAGUCUGAUGACUAUGAGGAGGAUGAUGAUGUUAGUUUGGUGCUUUCUGAUGACUGCGUCCUGUGCGUAACGGAGGAUGAGUCCCAUUACAUUACCACACACGAGAUCCAGCUGUCGGAGCUGUCGGACAGCGAGGGGGACUACGACCUCGGGGUGGGCUCGUCCACCAGCUGGGACGUUGAGGACGACAACCAGGUGUACUCAUUUGUUGAUUACGCUUCUUUUGACGCUGAUGGAGCGGUGGGGGAGAAAGCAGCAGCAGCAGUCAGCACUCUGCUUGAAAGUGAUCUGAGCGACGCAGCCAAGUUCGCCAGCUCAGAUGAGUGUGCGUCCAAGCCCCAGCAGGAGCAGCAGCAGCAGUGCGGUGGCAACGGCGCGGGGCAGAUCCACCUGUCAAUCAGAACCACUUCUCGAGCUAUAAAUGACCCUAGCAACAUCCAAGAACAGGAAAACAUUCUUUAUCAUGCCAGGCGCUCCGGGGACACGAGCCGCUAUGUGUUCAGGGGAGUUGAUGGGAAGGCAGAGACGUUGUGUGACAGGGCGAAGUGUUUCAUAGCCGCGCCCGGACGCCUGCACUUUGGCGGCAAAUUGAGGGGAAAAGAGGUCACCGAGUAUUCCAGCGGCACGUCCAGCGCUGUCAGCGAGCUGGACGACGCUGACAAGGAGGUGCGCAACCUGACAGCCAAAGCUUUCAAGAGCCUGGCCUAUCCCUACUUUGAUGCCAUUAAUUUCAGCACCUCCAGCGAGUCCUCUGCGUCAGAGCAUGGCCUGGGGAUAAACAGGUGGUCCACGUUUGUAGACCUGAAAUAUGGCAACGUGAAUGUGUCCCAGGGUUUGGACCAGAGUGUGGUUUCCCAUCAAAACACAGACAAUAGAGGGUACAAAGGCGUCGCACUGGCGAGCAUCAAACCGCCCACCAGCAAGAUCUUCACCCUGAACGGGAACCCCCACGGCGCGUCCACAAAGAAAAUAGAGCUGAUGGGGAAAUUCGGCCAGGGCCACGGUGGGGUGAUCAGGCUCACGGAGACGCUGAAUUUCCGCUGCAAUGUCAAAUCGGGAAUGUCUGGGGGAGAAAGACGCACUAACUUUGCACAAAACGCAGCGGGAUCACGUUCCACAGAUGAAGUUACCAACAGGCUGCUAAGCGGCCAGAGGAGAGGGGCCGGCAAGUCGCCCUGCAAAACCAUGGAAGGCACACACAAGAAGGCCAUAUUCGCCUCCAGCCUCAUCAAAAAUGUCAUUUCCAAGAAGAUGCAGUUCGAGCAAGAGCGCAAGAUGGAACGAGGGGAGAUCAGCGAGCCGCACCAGGCGCCUUCCCCGUGCUUUACGCACCAGGAGGGCGACGGCCACAGGGGUAAGGGGAGCAGGGAGCUGCACAGACAGAGCUCCAAGUUCUCAGAGAGCAGCUCCGACUACGCCAUAAUGUGCGUGGAUGAGCUGGGGGACUUCGUAGACAGCGGCUCAUGUGAUACCAGGAGCGACUCCCGGAGACGCGACGGGGCCGCUCCCGCACCAGAAACUAAUUUGGAGCAAGCGAAUGAAGCUGGAAUCGAUACUAAAAAAGGCGCAUUGGAAGCGUCCAAAAGCACGUUGCUUCGCAGCCAAAAUAGCGCGUUCAGAUGCUGGAAGGACGAGGAGCUAGAGUUUCAAAAGGAUCAUAAAAACGACAAAACUCCGGAGGGGAAGCUGCCUUCAGGUAACGACAAACAAGGAGAGGGGGAUCAGGACGCAGCAGGAGGCAGCAAACUCACGAAAAUGUCGCAUUUGUUUGUGCCAAGUAUCCAACUGGUGUCCAGUGACGGAGAAGUCGGACAGCAGCUGCAGAGCAGGAAUUAUUCUCCAUGUGGAGAUGGAGGCGGGAUAAAACUGCGCUCUGACAACACUUUAUACAUCGCAGAUUCCAGGAGCGUGGCCACAUCGAAGUCUCCGGAAAUUAAAAUUAACUUAAGGAGCGUCAGGGACAAUAAAACGGAGCCUUUUGGCGUCUCCAAGCUGCGCGCUCCUAAUAUAGGCUGUAACGCGGCCAGCCUCAUCAGGACGGAUGACUUCAAAUGCCAGGCGCUGGCUGCGGCUCUGAAGGGUGAGUGUUCGGAUAAAGUGCCGCAUUUCAUGGUGAGAGACAUUAGAGAUAAUAAAGGGAAGCUGCAGACCCCGAUCCACCAAGUCAGAGACGUCCGGAAACUGGUGAAAAGUUCAUAUCAUUUUGUUUCUCUGGACAACAACGAAAACAAACCCAGCUUCGCCCCUGCUGAGAGCCACUCGGAGCAAAAGAAGCAAAUGUCCUACAGAAACCCCAACUCCGUGUCCCCCAUAGUGAUAAAGUGUCAGUCUGUGAACACGAAUAGUAAUGGGAAACAAUCUGGAAAUGUGGAGUUAGUUAACCAGGAGCCGUGUGACGCAGACAGGUCGUCUCCAGAGGGCGCUAAAGGUGCCGCAGUGCAGAGGGCAGCAGGGAGGGCACCCAUAGGCGCCUCAGAGGAAAGCAUUGGGUUAAGAAUCGAAAGCAGAGCAGCUUCAAAGAGGCAAGAAAAAAUAUCAGACGCCACAGAUAAGAAACCCGAGUCCAAGAUGGCGAACCAGGUGGCUCUGGAGAAACUCCAGGCUGCCGUGAAAACCAUGGAGCAGCUUUAUGUGUUUGAAAAGAAUGAAUGGAAAAGGAAGAACGAGCCUCAGCCCCUGAUUGACAGCCACGUUCUUUCACUGCUAGCCAGCGAGGAGCACGGAGGACCUGAGGAGGAUGGAGGGGCGAGAGGUCCUGGCAUCGAGAAGCUCAUCAGAAGAAACUCCUACCCCAACGCCGACAAGACGCCACCGGCAGCGUCUCCAGGUACCGACGGCCUGCUGAGACGGGAGGACAAAGACCUCUUCAGGGCCCUUCAGACGUCCAGCGGCCGUGAAGACAGGCUGGUUGCUAAGUCGGUUCAGGCCCCGAGCACCACGGGGAGCAAAAACAUGUUCAGCCUCAGCUCCACCCUCAAGGCCUCCGCCGCCGCGAAGACAUCCCAGCAGAGCGCCAUCGCACAGCUACCAUUUAGCACCAAGAGUUUUGUCCCCAAGUCCCCCAGACUGCCCGUUUCCUUAAAAAUCAGCCAGACGAGGCUGAGUGGGGCAGAAUCGAGGGAGGUGGACAGGGUUGCACAGGAGUUUUCGAGCACGUCGGCUGAUAAUGAGAACUACCUAACCAUUCCAGUAAAGCCUCACCCAAGUAGCAGCAAACCGCCCCCGUCUGCUGAGAAAACAUCAGUGUACACGUUUGCCCCCCAGUCAAACCCAAGUAACCCUUCAGGACACCUCGGAUCCGUCACCAGAAGCCAGGAAGACCACAACCAGACCCCUAAACACUCCAGCAUCGUGAUGGAGACGCGUUCGCCGGACAUCCCCUCGGCUGCCAUCUACCACUCCAUGCCGUUGGGUUUGCCCACCAAUCAGCCUCAGGUCUACUGCUUCUCCCCAGCCAUCACCCCAGCCCCUACCCUGGACCCCUUCCAGGCCAUGCAGAGGAAGAUGCUGCUGGAUCCCACCACUGGAAGCUACUACCUGGUGGACACUCCAGUGCAGCCGGCCACCAAGCGCCUCUUCGAUCCAGAAACCGGCCAAUACGUGGACGUGCCGAUGCCUCAGCCUCCCAUGACGCCCGUCCCCAUGCCCAUCUCGCCUCUAGCCCUGAGUCCGGGGGCGUACGGUCACACCUACAUGAUCUACCCGGGGUUCAUGUCGCCGUCCGUGAUACCCGCCCGGACACUGGUGCAGUCGCAGAUGUCGGUGCAGUCCGAGGCAGAGAGCGUGGAGAAAACACAGCCGACGGAGGGGAUGUACAUGGAGAGUCCCUUCUACAUGGCCACCGGGAAGUCUCCACAGGUGGCGUCCGGAGCUCAGCAGCAGCAGCAGGGUGGCGCUAACAGGCCGCCGCAUGGCUCAUCCAGCAUCAAGCAACCGGUUAUCAGCAUCACCUCCCAGCAAGGGCCCCGCAUCAUCGCCCCGCCCUCGUUCGACGGGACCACCAUGAGCUUCGUGGUGGAGCACAGAUGAACGUCAUCUCACGUGGAAAGGUCUGAGCUCUGAACUGAUGCCGGAGCGCUCUGGGUUUGGCCUCGUCCUCAUUUCACAUUUUAUUUUGUCGUUGGGUCUUUGGAUAAAAGGACAUUUUGCUUCACUUUUUUUAUAACUUGUACAAGUUUUGGAUUUCUUGCUUUGUUGACACACUGUAAAAAAAUUUAAUUAAACACUUUAUUGACAGGUCUGUAUAGUAGACUUGCUAGCACGGUGAUCAGUCACCCCCUAACCAAAUCAGGGUUUAAUUCUAGAAAUUCUUUAACAGCUUUUUUAAUUAAGUCACAAAUAUUAACCCAAUAUACACAGUAUGCCACCAAAUACGUAUGCCACUUAACCAUUUCUAACCAUUUCUUGUGAGUUAUUUCGAUAAAAUGCACAAAACUUUCACAGAAAUGUCAUAAUUAGUUCAUCAACCUCGAUUAAUUAAUUUUUAUGAUCGCACUAAAGAAUCAAAUCAUCUGUAAACAACAUGGAAAACUAAAGAGCACAUCAUUUAUAAUACUAGAAUCUUUAAAGGCUCCAUGAUCAUGUUGAUUAUAUAUAAUAAAUCCCUGUCACACAUGAGUCAAAUUGGCCUUUAUAAUGAAGCAUGAAGAAUAAAAUUAUCCAAAAAAAUUUAAGUGAAAUAUAAAACAAACAUGUGAGGAUUAAGAUGUGUAAAUAAAGUGAUCUACAGUGCAAAAAAUAUGUCAUUUGGUGGGUAAAAAGUCAGACUUUAAAGUACAAAAUUGCUUUUGUGACUAUAAAUCCUCACUUGUGCAUUUGUAGAUUUUUCAACCUCUUUGUGGAUCAAAAUUCUGUCACUUAUGAAUCUUACUUUGUACUAUUUUUCCUUGUAAAAUGACAAAAAAAAAUCACAUGCAGAGAGCAAAUACACAUUUCACAUGAUUGAGAAGAUUUACAAAUUUAAAUGAGGUUUUUUGCACUGAAAAGGCACAUUUAUAGCUUAAAUUUGUGCAAAAAGUGUAAAAUUUGUGCGUAAAAAUGCACACACUCAUAUGAAAGAUGAUGCAUAGUGUUGACUGAAGGCCCCACUAGCAUCACAUGGUUCCAUCUGUGUUUGAUUACAUGGUCCAGGAUUAAAUGUCACUGCUCGCUGGUGACUUUAAGAGCAGUGAUGAGACUAACAAAAGGGAAAAUAAGGAUCCACAAAUGCACAGAAGGAAAUUUUUUUAAUCCACAGCAACAGUUGUGUACUUGAUACUAUGAAUUUGUACACAGAAAUGUAGAAAUAUAUGCAUUUUUUUGCAUUGGAGCUUCAUUUGCACUCUUAACUCUUGUUUAAAUCUAUGUUUAAAUACAGUUUCCCUCCACAAAAAAGGUUUAAAGAGCAAUGCAGCUACAGAAUUAUAAUACUGACGUCCUCUUUAGCUCCGUUUGACAUUAGUUUCUGUGUGUAUCACUGUUUCUCACACAUUAUAAUGACACUGAGGUAUUGUUUUGUACAUAGGAGUUCACUGGUUGUGGAUCUGCUGGACAGUCCAUCCUUUUAUUUUGAAUUAAUUCUGUUACUUUAUUGCAAUUAAGCUAGAAAAAACAAUAUUUUAUAACAUUUGCUGUUUUAGAAUGGUUGAUGUGUUUGUUAUGAGAGAAUGUCACAUGUCUUAUUGAGUUAUGUUGUAUUAUCUUAACUUCGAUUUUCUAAACUGUAGUAACUAACUGUUUAGGGUUUCAAUGUUGUUUCCUCACAGUUGCAUUCUACUAACUUGGACUAAAUUGUGGAGUAUUUUGAUAAUUUUCGUUGGAAAAUGUCUAAAUUAAGUGGUUAUUUUUGGCGGGAACAAACUGAAAAUUAAGUGGUUUGCUCCAGCCGAACAGUUUUUUGGGGGGAGCAAACCACGUAAUUUUCAGUUCGUUCCUGCCAAAAAGCUGGCUCAUGUAAAGAUAAACUAACUAAAGUGGAAAUCAACAAAAACUUCUGUUGAGCUCAGUCAGGAUGCUUUUAUGGGAAUGACUCUACUGCUAAUAGUUGUAUGUUCAAGUCACAGCGCCCUCUAUUGACAGUCAGGUGACAUUGCUGCUGAGCCAUGAAGUUGAUGUAGGGAGGAGGUGGGGCUCGAUGGAUGGGUUAGCAGAAUAGAAGACGCUAGAAACAACCCAUUUUUUGGACAACUAGCAAAAAAAAAAAACACAAAGAAGGAACAAACUACAUCUUUCCAUCAACAAGAGAAAAAUAUUCCUUCAAUUUAAUCGUGAGCUGCUAUAGAAACAGCUGAUGAGUCAUGUGAAUUAAAUGUUCUGUAAAGCAGAACUUAUUUGGGUUUGACAUGACCUACAAAGUCCAUUAACUCUUCUUCAAACAAGUCAAUCACCACCUCAAGUACUUGGGUUUCAGUGGACUUUUUUAAUGCAAGGCAUCAAAAUGCAAAUAAAAUCUUGUUGUAGAAACAUGAUUUUCAACAGUUUACCUUCAGGGAUAGCUAAUGCCUAGUAGAUAGUUGUCUAAAUAUAUUUUUACAGUCGGAAUGCACCGACUCUUUAGUCAGUUCCAUAUAUUUAAUACACUUAUUGCCAAAAUAAAACUGCCAUACAGUAUGUGAUAAUCUAAAAAUACCAUCUCAGUAUUUCCUAGGACUUUUGCAAUAUCAUUUUUAAAUUGUACUUUUCAAUCUUCAUAGAUUCGGAGUGGUGUAAGUCUUCGAAAACGGCAUAUGUUUCUGAAAAAUCCCCAAAUAAUCCACUUUUUCCAUUAAUUUACAUUUUAAAAGUCUGUCCUGUUUUGUUUUUCUGAGCUUCCUGGGCUUUAUUCUAAGUAGUAAAGUCAUCCAUUACCGUAUUUUGUGGUUAUUGCAGCAGAUUUCAAUGUGCAUGAUGAUGGUCUUUUUGUACUUCUAUUUAACGGAAGUAAAGUUGUGUAUACUGUAUGUGUAAAUACUUUUUCCAUUAGAGGAUGUGAUGCUUUAACGCUUUACUGACGGAUUCUGGGACUUUGUUGCCUCAGUCUAAAGUAGAGACUUUUAAACUACUGCAUGAACUUACCAGACAGAUGGUAACUUUUUUUGGAUGGUAACAGGAAGUAGGGUUGUUAUUGAGAGGAGGGAUGAGGAGGUUUUAGACUUUAGGAGGAAAAUGGUGAACACACCAUGGGAGACAUUAUAUGGAUGAAGAGAUAUGAAGCAAUGAAACAUGUACAGUGUUUUGUUUAAAGUAAAAACUAGUUAAUAUGAAUGUUUCUAGGUUUUUCACUCUGAUAUGUUUUGCAGAUGUACAGUGUCGGGUCAGAAUUGUGUCACAAAUACUGCGGUGGGUUUUAUUAGAUGCAGUUUUUAAAUGCGCAUUGUGAAAAUCCAAUAAACAUGAAACCCUUUUGCAAA